UAGGGUUUCAUCAGCUCCUAUCAUUCGGUGAUUGCUCAAUUUUCGGGCUCAUAAAGACAUUACUAUCUAUCUUGCUGUCUAUGGCUAUGGCUAAAUUACUGUUAGCAUUGGCAGUAGCACAAGUGCUUAAUGUAGCUGGUGAAAUACUACAGAUAGAAGUUAAUGGCGAGUUUGGUAAUGACACUGAAGAUUGUCUCAGUGGCGAGGAGCCUUGUGCAACUUUAGAUUAUGCCCUAAAUGGGACUUCCUCAAGCAUCUCUUCCGUCCAUUACCUCCUAAAUCCUGACGUACCUCACGAGCUAAGAAACAACUACAGCUUUUAUGAUGGAACUAACAUCGGGAUAUCCUCCUCUUUAAAUGGGAGUAGAGCAUACAUCGAGUGUAUAGGUAAUAACACUGGUCUGUCGUUUGAUCAUUCGCAGAAUUUGAUUUUUCGUGACAUUGCAUUUAAUCACUGUGGUUCUUCACAUGUCACCACAAGUAAUGAUAGAUCUAAACCUGAAAGAAAUUUCACUUCAUACCUCUACACUAACAUAACCCUCUUCUUUAUAUUUUGUUGUGACAUCACUUUUGAUGGUGUCGUGGUUAAUGGCAGUACUGGGACUGGUGUCGUGUUCUACAGCACUAUUGGCAACAAUUUCAUAUUAAAUUCUAAUUUCACUUACAACAGGCCAGUGGAUGACAAGCCUGGAGGAGGUGGAGUAGCCGUGGAAUAUAUAUACUGUAUUCCUGGUGAUCCCAGUUGCGGCGACAAAUCUGGAAAUUCAUUUAACUCGACUUUUUCAAAUGGGGGCUCGUUUACCUUCCGAUUAUGUAGUUUUUUUAAUAACGAAGCAAAUACUAGCAGUAUUACGGGGGAUUCCUUCAUUGUCCCUCAUGCUAAUACUAAUGUGGCCCUUGGCCGAGGUGCUGGACUCUCUCUCCUACACAAAGGUAAUAUUACGAACUCUAGGAUCGUUGUGGAUAGUUGUACUUUUUCCCAUAACAAGGCUGUUUGGGGUGGAGCUAUGCUGAUUGAGUUUCAGGACACCAGUCAAGAAAAUGAAGUGAACAUUACAGACUGUCAUUUUUCUCAGAACAAGGGCUUUUUCAAUUCUUGUAAUUAUGCUGGAACUGGAGGUGGUGGAGUUAGAGUCCAAUUUGCAUCGUUUCACGACCGCGUUAUUAAGAAUAAAGUGAGAUUUAUUAACGUUAUGUUUUAUAAAAACCAUGCUUAUUUUGGAGGAGGACUCUCGUUUUUCACUUUUCCAACAUACAAAGAUAGAUCCAAUAGCAACAAUCUUUUCUUUUACAAUUGCACUUGGAAUAAGAACAUUGCUAGGCUCGGCUCAGCAAUAGAUCUCUCACUUUGGAACAUUAAUGGAUUUAGCGAUGGCUCUCUUGUAGCCUCACCCUAUUUUGAAGAGUCUACAUUUGUCAAUAACACUAUCAAAUAUACUAAAUACUAUGGUACUCCAACUGGUAUUGGUGCAGUCUACACUGACUCAGUGCCUCUCAAGUUCACAGGAAGUAAUACCUUUUCUGGCAACAUUGGUUCUGCUCUUGUUGCUUUAGAUGCCACCAUAGAGUUCAGAAAUAACUCUGACACCUAUUUUGAAGAUAAUGAAGGCUUGUCUGGAGGAGCAGUGACACUAUUUAGCAAAGCAUUCCUUUUGUUUGGAGACAAUUGUAAUGCCAUUUUCCAUAAUAACAGUGCUACUUUACAUGGUGGUGCCAUUUCUUGGCAGAGUGUUGGGGAUCACCAAUUGAUAUCAUCACGUAAUUGUUUUAUUCGAUAUUAUGAUACAAGUGCAGAUCCUACUGAUUGGAAUGUCACGUUUAAUUUUGAUGGCAACAAGGCUGGGUUUUCUGGUGAUGCUAUUUUUGCCACAUCACUCCUUGGAUGUCUGUGGGGUGGUAGAUCAUAUGGUCAGCUUUACGAUGACACGAAAAGUGAAUAUCAAACUGUCUUUUGUUGGAAUAGUUGGAAUAGUACUGAAAAAGAUAUCUGGAACUAUGAUAGUGACUGUAACAGCACUAAUCUUAUUGCUACUUCACCUGCUUAUUAUUUUAAUGAAGCAAAUGGUACAGUACAGUGUGGAAAAUAUGAUUGGUACAAUAUAUCUGUUGUGCCUGGAAAACCUACAAAAUUGGAUGAUGUCGUGAUGUUAGAUGAUCGACAGAAUAAAAUUAGCCAGGAUUCUGUAGUAUACAUGUAUAUGUAUACUACUAUUAGCAAUGAAACCAUGAAAAGUAACACAACGUAUGUCACUAAUGAAGCACUACCCUAUAAUAGAACUAUAGUUAAUGAGACUAUACACUUGGGUACUAUAAUACCUCGUGUAAUGGCAACAACUGUGAAUCUUAGUUUCACCUCUUGCCCACCUGGCUUUUCUAAUAAACAGUAUGGAGAUUCAUGCAAACGUGGCAGUCUUCCAUUUGUUAACAUUUAUAGCAAUUUCUCAGCUGAUAUACAGUUUGGGUACUGGAUUGGUAAAAUAAAUGAUGAUGAUAGUCGUUAUUAUGUUGGUGAGUGCUAUUUCUGUCCAUGGAAUAUUACCACUAUAAACGGAAGUCGCGUAGUUCAUCAGAAUUACAUUCAUCUUCCUGAAGAUGGGACACCAUUGGAAUCCUUUUUCUGUGGUGGGUUGAACAGGAAUGGUACCCUUUGUGCAAAGUGUAAGUCUAAUUAUUGUACUGCUGUUAAUUCGUUAAAAUACAAAUGUAUUGACAUUGGCUCUCAUAAGCAUUAUUACUCUUACACUUGGAUAUUUUACUUGCUGUUUGAGUAUGUUCCAAUCACACUUCUUAUGAUAGUCGUUAUCAUUUUCAACGUUUCAGUUACCUCAGGCCCAGCAAAUGCAUUCAUUUUUUUUUCUCAGAUUAUCUCAAGCACAUUUAGUGUUGAUGCUGAUGGACAGAUUAAUUAUGAAACUAUUACCCAUCACGCUCCAGGCAUUAAGCAAGCUUAUAUCUUCCUUUAUGGUAUAUGGAACCUUGAUUUUUUAAAUGCAAUUGAUUAUGAUGGCUGGCUGUUCUGUUUAAGCCCAAAAUUUGGUGCUUUACAAAUCAUGACUCUAAAAUAUAUAGCUGCAGCUUAUCCUUUAGUUAUCAUAGUCCUGAUUGUAUUCUUGGUGUGGUUAUAUAAUAAAAACUAUCGUUUUGUUGUGUGCCUUUUUCGACCAAUUCAUUGGUGCACUGCUCGCUGCAUGAGGUAUCUUAAUAUAGAUCGCUCAUUAAUGGAUGCAUUGGCAACUUUUUUAAUUCUUUCCUAUGUCAAGUUUGCAGUUACUGCAUGCUAUAUUCUUUAUCCAAAUCCACUUGUCUAUGAUGCUGCAAAGCACCCCAAGUAUGUUGCUUAUCUUGAUGGUAAUGUGGAUUAUGGAUCACAUGAUCACAUCCCCUAUCUACUCAUUUCUGUAGUAGCUGUCCUUUGGUGUAUCCUGUUGCCUCUGAUAUUGCUUUUCUAUUCUACUCGGCGAUGCUAUACUUUUCUUGAUAAAACCAAAAAAUUUCGUUGGUUGGAGCCUGGUGAUUUAUUUUAUCAUUUCCUCAAUUCCUUUCACCAUUGUUUCAAAGAUGACAGACGCUAUUUUGCUGCUUUCUAUUUCUUCUUAAAGCUUAUACUCAUUGGAACAUAUGCUCUUGGCUUUGAUUGGACAAAGCAAUACAUAUACCAGCAAAUCGUGUGUACACUGGCAAUCCUUCUAGUUGGCACCCUUCAACCAUAUAGGGAAAUGAAGUAUAAUUUCCUUGACAUGGGAAUGUUUUCUAUCCUUGCUGUAGUUAAUGUCCUCUCUCUUUACAGUCGCCAUCAGCAAGCUGUCAAUAUCCCACUAUCAAAAAUUACCUUCUACUCUCAGGUCAUUCUAAUAUUUGUCCCCCUGGUGUACUUCACUUUAUACUCUAUAUAUUUCAUAAUAAGAAAUGUGUUUAGAUGCAGAAGGAGGUGCAACAUUGGCCCUGAUGAUGAUGAAAAUGAAGAUGAGGCGUUUAAUAAUUUUAUGAACGACGUUGAAGAAGAGGAUCGUUUUGAGACUAACCAUUAUUACGGGGGUAUCGCUGAUGAUGAGGAUGCAGGGCAGCAGAGAAGGAGGGAAAAUGAAGCAUUGUUCAAUAGGCCUAGCCCUGAUUCAGUACAGUUUAGAUCUAGGAGAGGUCGGACUGAGCCACUGAGGUCCCGUUAUAUGCCACGCCGAACUUAAUUAUUAGUAACUGAUUUUUCUUUUUUUUUGCUGCUGCUAUUGAACUGUUUGUGUGAACUUAUUUUUGCUGCUAAUUUUUUGUGUGUUAGGCUUAUA